AUGUCUCUUGCGGAGCGACAGCGGAUGGAGGAAGAGGAGGGGGAAGGGGCCGGCGGCGGGGAGGAAGUGGUUCAGAUCCGGUUGGGGGACAAGUGCUACCCGGUGUGCAAGAGGAAGCUGAUCGAACAGAGCGACUAUUUCCGAGCCCUGUACCGUUCGGGCAUGCGGGAGGCAGGGCAGGGCCAGGAAGAGCAGCUGUUGCGCGGAGGGCUGAGUGCGCUGGGACUAGAGCUGGUGCUGGACUUCAUCAACACCUCCUGCCUGGCCUGGCUGGAGCAGGAGGGUGAGGAGGAGCCCCCUCUGCUAGAGGAGCUGGUGGAGGCCGCCUCCUACCUGCAGGUCACUCCCCUGCUGCGCUUGCUGCUCUCCCAGGUGCGACUGGGCAACUGUCUGGAGCUACACCACUUGGCCCAGGUCUAUGGCCUGCAGGACCUGCACGAUGCCUGUUUGGACUUUAUGGCUUCCCAUUACCACCAGGUGCUGCGCAGGCCUGAUACCCAGCUGCACCUCCAUCUGCCUCACGCUCUCCAACAACACCUGAAGGAGAGGCGGAUGAGAGGCACUGCUACUCUGGUGGCCAUUGGGGACUUCAUGGGUACCUCAUCCCUGGGCUGUCACCCACAGGCAGAGGCCCCGUGGUCCAUGCUGAGGUACGACGAGGAAGCAGAGCAGUGGCUACCCCUGGCCAACAACCUACCUCCAGAUCUGGUGAACGUGCGAGGCUACGGGUCGGCCAUACUGGACAACUAUCUCUUCAUCAUUGGGGGGUACCGGAUCACCACCAGUCAGGAGAUCUCAGCUGCCCAUUGUUACAACCCUUGCCUAAAUGAGUGGAGUCAGCUGGCUUCAAUGAACCAGAAGAGUCUGUUGGUAAUCUCUGAAGGCACCUUUGAGGACUGAGCUUUUUGGUAGGCCUGGUCUAUGCAGUAUUGCCUGCCAAAAUUGCUGAAAGCACGUUAGACUUGGUAGAAAAGAAUGACAGAUCAAACCAAUCAUUCUCCUGUAGAAGCCCUGUUUGAUCAAAUUAUGAAGUUUGGUAUUGGUUUGCAUGGUGUCCAUAGCAAGGUAGGUGUUACUAUGUGAAAUAACUCUGCAACAUGGGAAAUGAGAAGGGUUUUAAAAAUGCAUUAAGGCUUUUUUUUUUUUUCAGCUUAUUACCUGACUGUUCAAAUUCCACACUUUCCCAUUUUUUUCUAGGAUAUAUAGUCAUUAUGUGUAAGAAAUAAAUGGUUAUUUUCUCCUUUUAUUAAUAUUUUCAUUUGUACUACUUUGCCAACAAUCUUUAAGCCCACAACACCUGAUAGGUGUUACUCAGCAUGGGAUUCCAUGUUGGCAAUUUAUGUCGGAAAAGGAGCAUACAAAUAGAUAUUUUUGAAAUAGUCACCAGUCUUACAUUUCAGUGUAGGAGUUGCAGGCUAAAAGCUGCCUUCUAGGCUGGAUGGCAGCUGAUGAGUAUGUAGCUUCAUGAAUAAUGAGUAGGGGAAAUCUUUUUCAUGGGAACUCUACUAAUCCCAUCAUAAAACUUGUUGACUCUAACAUCUUUGUGGAGUCUCAACCCUGAAGUUUUUUGUUU